UACAUGUGCCUCUGAUUAGUGGGUUUCUGCUCAUUUUUUUUGUCGCAAUAUCUCCGUAUAAAGAAAUUGUAUACACUUGCCUCAUUUCAUGAGCUUUUUUUUGUCCUCAUCGUGCAAUUGCCAGAGAUUUGUCGGCACCAGACGGCAAUUUUUGGAGCUAUUAUAGUUGGUCAUUUUAUCUUGGCAGUGCCCAGUUGUGUGUCGUCUGUGGUGCGUUAAGUAUAUCGAUUGAAUUUUGCGGGAUCGUUCGUUGAGAAAAAAUAAAUCAAUUUAAAAAUUAACUAAAAAAUGACUAAAGUGGUCAAAGUAAAUGACUCGAGAUUCCUUUCUGGGAUCACGGAGAUCCCUUCGUUGAAAAUUGGGAAUUAUGAGUUCAUUUUCGAGGCAGAAUUGAGUGAUCAAGCCCGCCGAGUUGCUGAACGUGAACUCCGUGAAACGCCUGAGCGGAAAAAGGAAGCCAUAGCCGAGCUAAGGCGUCUCCUGGACCAAGAAAAGGAUCUCACCUAUCCCGAUAAUGAAUUUUGGCUCGUGAAAUUCCUGCGAAAGUGCAAAUAUUAUCCCGAAAGUGCUCUUGAAAUGAUUAAGAAAUAUUACGAUAUUAAAGUGAAACAUCCGGAAUACUUCUACAACUUCAACAUCAACUACUACGUGGGCAUUGCGAAUAUGAAGAUGGGAAUGGUGUCCCCGCGUCGUGAUCACAAAGGACGCCGUGUUCUCAUUGGACGCAUAAUGAAGGACUUUGAUCUGGAAGCCUACUCCAUUGAGGAACUCUUUAAGGGUGCAAAUGCCGGAAUGGAGGUUGUUAGCACGGAGCCCGAUACUCAAGUCAAUGGCAUUGUCGGGAUUAUUGAUCUUCAGGAGCUCUCACUGAAGCACCUCAAACCACUGAGCCCAUCACUCAUUCGCUUUGCAAUAAAAUUCAGUCAGGAUUGCGUCCCGUUGCGCAUCAAGGGUAUCCACGUGCUCAAUGAAUCCUCCAUCAUUGAUGCCACCUACACAAUCAUCAAGAAUUUCCUCAGUGAAAAGCUACGCAACCGCAUCUACUUCCAUGGAAAUGACUACCAGUCUCUGCAUGAAUUUGUCCCACCCAAUUGCCUGCCAAAGAUUUACGGAGGAACCAUUGAUAUUGAUCCAAAUCAACUUCCCUCCGUUGAGGAGCUUCUUGAUCAAUUUUCCGAUUUUGUCUCCAUGUGCGAGAAGGAGCUUGAGAUAAUUCAAUCCUACGGCUACAAGAGGCAGGAUGUAGAAGAUGAUUUAAUAGAAAACACCCCCCUUUGAAAGUUUCAUUUGUAAAAUUCUCUUUCUGCAAAAUACUUUAUUUUCUUUCUUGUGGUUUACGGAAAUUCGUGUGAUAUUAUAUACAACAAAGUAUUAUUCCCUUAGCAGUUUAAGUGCACACCCCCAACUAUGUAUGCGAUGAAUAUGUUUGGUAAAUAAAUAAUUCUCAUUGUGAAA